AUGGACACGAAACAAAAAGAAAUUUUCACAGACUCUGACUAUGCUCCAAAUAGAAUCUUACAGGUGAACCUAAAAGGAUCAUAUUCCUAUGUAGAUCCCAAAUUCAGAAUCCGCAAGGUAGACUACGUUGCCGAUAAAGACGGAUUCCACGUCACAUCCAAUGACGACGUACCAGCUCUACCAUCAGAUACACCAGUAGUGGCAGCUGCUAAAAUUAACCAUCUCAGAAAAUACGCAGCAAUUGCAGACGCACAACAAGCAUCACCAGGACAAGUCUUCGUGCCCGCUGAUACAGUGGCUGUGCAAUAUGCCAAAAACAAACAUUUGUCUCUUUAUGAAAAGAUUGCAGCAGACCAUGCGAGAAUAGCUGCAGAACUUGAAGCGGCCAAGCAUGAGGGUGGACAUGGUAAUGAGGUUGGCGAUGGAUUUUAUGGUCAAGUUUAGUUUUUUUUUAAUUGUAUGUAUUAUAAAAUAUUUAUGUCUAUAGAUUACUUAAUAAAUAUAUUC